CACCUCUUCAAGUUUUUUGGAGGAAAAAACAAAAAACCUCAGUUUCUUGCCUAAGUAUUGACAGAGACUGGACUUCUUCUUUAGCAGCAAAAAUAGAGAUGUUUGAAUUAUGGGUUUGGUUCAACUUCAAUCCCAACAACAAACUCUUUUAAAUUUCACAAAAUAAACAAGGUUAUAUCAUCAUGCAUAAGCUGUAGAUACUCCAAGCUUCUUGAACAAGGACAUUUUAUGGUCAGAAAUGGUGGAUUUCUUCCAGAAGGAUUCUGAGCUUAGUUAGUAUCUUAACCCCAUUUUGUUAGUGUAGUGCUCAUCACUGACCUAUGUAGAUUUACAGAUGCAACAAAUGUCGACGAUUCCUGGUCCUCAGAAUACCAAGAAAAUGAAUUUUCAUUUUCAAGAUCAGGAUUCCUCGUCUACUCAAUCAACGAGUCAAUCAUGUCCUGAAGCUGCUAAUGAACGAGAAAGAAAAAUCCACGGGAAAAGCAGUAUGCCUUUGCGAGCAGGCAGUUUUAGAAGUAGUGGGAAGUCUGAUGAUUCCCAGAGUGUGUCAAGUCAGGAGCAUGGUUGGACCUACGAUACGAUUCAGAAAAGUUUUGCUGUUGUACCUUUUCCUCAUCCGGAUCCUUACUAUCACGGUCUAGUUGCUGCUUAUGGAAAUCAAACCAUGGUUCAAUCCCAAAUGUUAGGCAGGGUUUCUCCUCGUGUGCCACUUCCGCUUGACCUUAAGCAAGAUGAGCCUAUAUUUGUCAAUGCAAAACAAUAUCAAGCUAUCCUCAGACGUAGACAGUACCGUGCUAGGCUGGAGGCUCAAAACAAACUCUCUAAAGGCCGGAAGCCAUAUCUCCAUGAAUCCCGGCAUCGUCAUGCAUUGAAUAGGGCUAGGGGACCCGGUGGGCGCUUUGUCAAUAUGAAGAAGCCCCGGGAGUCCAAAUCCCCUGAUUUUAUCAAUGGUCAAGAGAAUCAGGUACCUGAUGAGCUACAACUCAACACAAAAAUGUUGGAGCACGAUGUUCAUCAAUCUGGAAGCUACUCUGGCAUCACUGGUGGUGAUGCUAUUUACCAUCACCAACUAUUUAAGUACUCUGCCUUGUCAGCGUGUAUCGGAGGGGCCUCACAGCAGGAGAAAGAGAAGAAAGAUAACAUAAGCAAUCCAUGUUUAUGAUGCUCGUGUUUCUAUUAUAUGUGGGAAGUCAUCCUUGGCUAUGUUAGUAUUGUAGUACAUUAUGUUGCUAACUUUUUAGUUGAUCCAUAACCUGGCAUGGAGCCCGUUUGGAUGAGCUUAAAAAAGUAACUUUUAUGUAUGAAAUGCUUUUAGAACUUUGAAGUGCUGAAAGUUAUUUUUAUAAAUAAGCAAUUGAGUGUUUGGAUAAAAGUGCUUA